GUUUUUGACUCACUUCCCCCGACUUUUCGGUUUUUUCCUUUCCUUCCACUUGUAUUCAUCGUCCCAUCUCCUUUGCCUCUGACUUGCUUACUACUACUCCCAUACUUUUCCCCUCCCCUCCCUUGAGCUGGUUCUGAGUCUGUGAGCGCGGGGAUGUCGACCAGCUCGACCAGUUCGCCAUCAACCUCCUCGGCGGUGUGCGCCAUGUGCAAGCUGGUCAUCAAGGACUCGCGUGUGCUCCAAGCCAUGAACAAGGAGUGGCACGGCGCCUGCUUCAAGUGCAUUGAUUGCUCAACGCCGCUCCAGGACUUUUACUACGAGCGAGACGGAAUGCCGUACUGCCAGACACACUUCCUCGAGCGCUUUGGGCGGAAAUGCACGGCGUGUACGUUGUUCAUCACGGGUCCGAUCAUGGCUGCACACGAUGCGCUCUUCCACUCAGAGUGCUUCAAGUGCUUCCGGUGUUCCAAGCUGCUGGGCGUCGGCGAAACGUUCGCCCUCAGCACCAACAAGGACCUGUAUUGCAGUGCUUGCUACCAACGAGCAGUCGCGCGCGCAGCCGCACGGGCCGACCGCCCGCUAUCGCGUGCUUCCUCCAAAGAAGGCCUAUUACCAACGUCCAAGUCAUCACCAUCCAGCUCGUCAACAGCUUUCGAUCUUCCAUCGACCAAUACCGCAGUACCACCGUCCACGGCGAACAAUGCGGCUCACGAGGCCUCGCCGCCGGCCACUUUGCCCAAAUCGGCUGCCGCCACAAAAGCCGCCUCGGCAGCGCCAAAUGGCGCGAAGCAACCAGCUGCUGCUCCCAGCAAAUCUACUGCGACCACACACACUCCCGCAACCACCGCUGCCGCAGCACCCCCUUUUAAUCACCGAUCUCCGUCAGCGCCCGCGAUAACCGCUCACACGACGCAUGCUGCUUCGUCGGCAAAGCCAGCAGCAUCAUCAACGACAACAACAACAACGACACCGUCCUCUGCUCACCCACCCGCAGCCGCUCCAUCCAACUCGCCUGCAGCAACGACCGCAACAACAGCGGCUAUUGCUGCCGCCCUGAAUGCUGCUACAUCGGCGUUGGACAGUUUAGCAUCGUCGGCCUCCUCGCCAUCGCGGCUGGUGUCGCGAUCCUCCUUUUCAGACUCUCCCGCCACGAAAAUGGCCCGAAUUCCGCUUGGCCGCACGCGCUCCACCCUUGGCGCGGUCGAGUUGCGGCAAGGUAGCAACGGCAUCUUUGUUGCCGGUUUUACAGGCAGCUCAAAUAGCUCGGGCUCGGGCUCGAGCACCCAUUCGCUGUUUGGCGGACCCGGCGCGUCUGGUGCAUCGGACGCCUCGAACGACUCUCGCUCGAGCGUGAUUGAGGUUGGCGACGAAAUUGUUGCCGUCAACGGCCAGGUCAGUCACACGCUGCAAGACGUCGAUAGCAUUCUCACAGCAAUGCAGCACAAGCCCGGAGAGCGUGUCAUGGUGACUGUUCGAAAGAGCAAUUCUAGUUCAUCUUAUGGUAUCACAACCAACAUUGCCGAGCAGCCUAGCGCCUCGUCUCAAUCGCCUGGAGCCACUUCCAACUUGUCCGAAGACGAAUUUGACGACGAGGAAAAGACAUCGUGGAGUCUGGAGGUGGAAAGCGCCGACAUGGCCGAAAUUAGUGAAAUGGUAGAGAGCUUGAAUAUGGAGCCCGAGAUUGAUCGAGACACGCUUCUGCAAGAGGCAGAAGAAGUGUUUGCAGACACCUUUGUGGCCGAGAGCGCCCUGGGCCACGGUCUCGACGCGCACGCGGCCAAGGGCCACGGACACCCGCCUGCGGCUCGGUCGUCUACGUUCAGCACCCAAGGCUUGAAUGCCGCCACACUGGGUGUUGCUCAGGACGCUGCAGACUUUCUCGAGGACGACAUCACCGAUCUAGCCAACAUGUCGCCGCGCCGUCAUUCUGGCAGCGAUCCAACGUCCUCACCUCGGACGCCGUCCGGUUUGGGACGAUACCAGGCAGGCAAUCUCUCGCGAGGCUAUUCGUUGAGCGGAGGCGUUGUCCGGGAAAUUGGACUGGAUGGAGGCGUUGUGAAGGGGGCCGGGCUGUUCGGUCCGUCCAAGCUGAAAAAGCGCUUGUCGUCGCGCAUCUUCCGCCUUGCCGAUCUCGAAGUGGGCGAACUCAUCGGAAAGGGCUUCUACGGCGAGGUCUACAAGGUCCGACAUCGCCAUUCCGGCGCAGUGAUGGUCAUGAAGGAGCUCAAGUCCUACGAGAAGGAAGCCAAGCUGAGCUUUUUGAAGGAGGUGUCUCUGCUCAAGACGCUGCACCACCCCAACAUUCUCGAGUUUAUCGGCGUCUUUGUCAAGGAAAAGAAGCUGCACCUCAUCACCGAGUACAUUGAAGGCGGCAAUCUGCGCAAGGUCAUCAAAAACCGCGGUCUGUUCCCGCUCCCUUGGGCGCUGCGCAUUCAAGUGAUGCACGACAUUGCUCUGGGCAUGGCAUUCAUGCACACCAAGAAGGUGAUUCAUCGCGAUCUCAAGUCCAAGAACUGCCUCGUUCGCAAGAACUUUGCCAUCGUGGUGGCUGACUUUGGUCUUGCUCGCUCGGUCGUGGCUGGGCAGCGCAUGACGGUUGCCGGCUCUCCGUACUGGAUGGCGCCCGAAAUGCUCCGCGGCGACGAGUACGACGCGUCGGUGGACGUGUUCUCGUUUGGCAUUGUUUGCUGUGAGAUUAUCGGUCGUGUCAAGGCCGAUCCAGACGACAUGCCGCGCACGUCCAAGUUUGGACUGGACAUUGACAAGUUUGCCCAGCUGCCCGAGGUCGGCGAAUGCCCUCCUGCCUUCCUCAAGCUGGCUGUCGACUGCUGCGCCAUGUCACCGAAAGAUCGACCCGUGUUCAGUGUCAUUUGCGCCAAACUGGAGGAGCUGCGUCUUGCAAUGAACCAUCCCCCGUGGCACACGGCCAAUUACGAAUGGCCGGCCGACAUGCGUCGCGCGCACUCUGCGUCGACGCCCAAUCUGUCCAUCAUUGGCCAGCCCUCGUCCGGAGCUACGCUUGGCGCAUCGCCGAUCACUCAGGUGUCGACGACGAGCACGAGCACUGCACCCGUUACGGCCGCCGCGGCCGCUCGGCACCCCCAGCCCGCAUCGUCCAGCUUUGCUGGUUCCUACUCGUCUUCUGGCGGUCGGCUUGCACCACCAACGACGCGGCUAUGAAGGGAGGGGGUUCAGCCAAUCCAGUGAUACUGAUUUGCCCGUUUCCUCGCGCCCCCUCCGCCUCCUUCCCCGCCACCCUACAGUUGUGUUCCCCUUGUUAUUCACGUUUGAUUUUUAUGCCGACUUUUUGAUGUUGUUGGUUGCUUUUCUGGUUGCUAUUUUGUUGUCGCUGUAUGUGUUUUUGUUUUCAAUCAUUUCCACGCUUAUUCCCCUCCCUCUCCCUGUUUUUGUCUUUGGUCC